AUGGGCGGAGAUAUCUUCGACAAUGAUAUUAACGAUGACGACGAUAGCGACGAUGCGGGCGCUCCCGAGGCCCCCGACGCCACCACCAAGAAGUCGCUGAUUCGGGCGGUGAAUAUGCAGGGCGUCGGAGAUCUCGUCAAAAUGUUGUCCGACAAACCCAAUGACUACACGUAUUUCAACCCCAAACUGUUGAGCUCAUGGGCCGGACCUCUGCAUUGGAAGCGAAUGCCGUUUUGGCACAAAAACAGAGUAGAGGGACAGGGAGUCGAUAUGAACGGCGAUAAACCGCGUCGACAGCGGAAACUGUUUCCCGAACAGCACUAUAAGGAGGAGUUCGAUGAGGAGGAGAGCGAUCGGAUGGCCGGCAACGACCAGAAGCUCAAAGUGGCGACCCUUCAGAAGUGGCACUCAAACAACAGUGAACUCAAAUUGCCGGCCGAUCACGGCUUUGACCCCAAAGUGUUGGCGCGUUCUUUCAUAAAACCCGAGUCCAUCUUCCAGUGCGCCAAAAGCCAUGAGGAGGUGAUGGACACCACUAUUAAUAGUAACAACUCGUUCGGAGCGCCGGCAUCUCCAGGGAUGGAGCGAUACGAUUACGACGACGACGACGACAUACCCACCGGUGGGUUCACUGAUCCGUUAGAUUUGGGCCAAAGUAUGCCCUUAUCUCAGCUGAACGCCAACACCAAUGAUCUGUUCAGUGCGUUCACGGGCGACAAUAUGGUGGACCAGCCCUACGAACUCCAACAGAUUAACAUACAGUUCGCUAAGUUCGCCAAAAAGAUGGACGUCAAGAGGUUGAAGCGGGCGAUGUGGGACGUCAUCUCACCACCAGAACCUCUCUCAUCCCCACUCACACCACAGAUGAAUACUGUGCCUAACACUCAGCCGGAUCUAAAUUUCACCAAUUUGUACAAAACGUUGCCACAUAAGAUCACUCCAGUCAUGUCCCAGAAUCUGAGCGCACCCAUAGCUUUCGUAACACUCCUCCAUCUAUGCAAUGAAAGGAACCUCAAACUCGUGGGAACCGACGAUUUGUCAAACUUUCGCAUUGAACUCGAUAUUCACGAUAUUCACGAAUAAUAAGAACUCUCUGUAGAGAAAGAGACUAAUUAUUAUUAUUAUCAUUAUUCUAGUAUUUAAUGGCAUUUGUUUUUAUUCUCAGCUAGUAACAAAUUUUAAACCCAUAGACUUCGUAACUCACUUAUUGUUCAUAAUAUCAGUUGAAUUUUAAAUAAUUUGUAAAUUGUUUUUUGAUUAAUAAAAGUAAAUAUUUUGCCACAAA